CUUGUUAUCUUAAUUGCUACCCUCCUGUUUCUUCCUUUGAGACAGCCUUCUGAUUCUUUCCCGUCAGUGCUGAACAGCCUGCCACAUGGCAGGGCGCCUGUACGGUGCCUUCUGUCGUAGGAGCAGCACACCAGCAAGGAUGGGGCUACCUGAGGCUUGGUCUGGUUUUUCAUAAGCACAGCUGCAAGCAGCGAGGAGAGGCAAUGCAUCAGGAGCGAUGUAGUCUGGCCGAGGAGUCAGCCCAUAGAGGAGAACGGAGACUUAGGGUAUCCGAACAACAGCUCCCAUGAGGGACACAUGUGUAGCAAAGGAACACACUGACCUGCCCGCUUCCCACUCACUCAGUCCGGAGUGUAUCCCCACUGACCUACAGCACAGCAAAACAGCAUGGUCAGGAGGAGUUAAACCACGGCUGAAGAACAGGCGGGCUGACCUUGUGGGCCGACCGCACUCCUGGCAUUCAACCAAAUUCAUAGAGAACCAACCCGAUCCCAGCAUGAUGCAAAUAUCUCAGGGCACGAUUGGCACUCCUUGGCAUCAGUCCUACCAUUCCAGUUCCUCCACGAGUGAUCUCUCUGGCUAUGACCAUGGCUAUCUGAGGAGAAGCCCUGACCAGUACAGCUCGUGGGGUAGCAUGGAAACCUUGGACCAUACCCCUUCUGGAUAUCCCCCUGGCCACCUUUCACCAGCCAAGUCCACCAACAGCAUCGACCAGCUUGCCCAACUCCACAGCAAGAGGGACUCCGCUUACAGCUCCUUCUCCACCAACUCCAGCAUCCCCGAGUGCCCGGCGCCUUCCUUCUGCAAGGAGCGCUCCUUCUCCAUGGACAACGUGCACUCCCGAGGCAGCCCGCAGGAGGGGAUGAGGCAGGCUGACAUCAGGUACGUCAAGACGGUCUACGACGCCCAGCGAGGGGUCUCUGAGGAGUACGAAGUGAACUCCUCCACGCUGCGUCCAAGCGGCGAGGGGCGGACGCAGGCAGAAGGCCGUGGCUACAGCAGGCUGCCUGGUCACAGCCGGUACAGUGGAGUCCCCUUCUGGGGACAGCAAAGGAGGAGCUCCUCCGACAGUGAGGGUCAGCACCCGAAGGGGCCCCCCAUGCCACCAACUCGCAGUGACAGCUAUGCGGCAAUAAGGCACCACGAGAGGCCCAGCUCCUGGUCCAGCCUUGAUCAAAACAAGCCGUGUCGAGCUCAGCCAAAAGGGGCCUGGCCUCCGUCUUCUGGCACUGUCUCCCUGGGGCAGGGACAGCUGCUGAAACCCAUGUUUGUGGAAGGGCAGCUGCACACUGUGGUGGAGAAAAGCCCUGAGAGCAGCCCCAAAGUGACACCGAAGCAGAGCUAUUCCCAGGCAGCACAACCAGGACAGCCUUUGCUUCCUACUGGCAUCUACCCUGUACCUUCCCCCGAGCCACACUUUGCCCAGGUGCCCCAGCCUUCGGCAAGCAAUAAUGGGAUGCUCUAUCCAGCUCUGGCCAAAGAGAGUGGAUACGCGCCACCUCUUCCAGCCUCGUAUGAGAAGGCCCCGGUCUGCAGCCAUUCUGGCGUCGAUGAGAAUGGAAACCAAAGCUUUACAAACAGAUCGGCCGUCUUUUAUCGGCCAGACUAUGGGCCACCAGCUGUGGAGAGAAAGCAGGAAGCAAAAUUCGCUCAGUACAAACCUCACGGUACAUCGGGCCCUGACGUCCAUUCGACCCCUUCCCAAAAGGACAAGUCAGGUUCCCUUUAUGUGACGUCGCAUGGCAUCCGAGAGAGCCCAAGCAACACCCCACACUCCAACCACAAUUCACAGCCUCUGCAGGCCCGCUCGAGGGAUGCCAGUGAAAGCAAAGUUCUCUAUCAGCCCGAGGAGUACUGGGCGGCUGAGUUGCAGGAGGACAAAAAUGCUAAUCUACAGAAAAGUGAGAGAGACCCCGCCAGCCAGAAUCAGUGGUGUUACAGUAAGGCCAAGCAGCAUGGCUUUUCACCCUUGCCGAACAGCCUAGAGAGCACCAGGAGGCAACAUAGUUUGGAGCUAAAGGAGAGGCAACAAUGCGAGGGCUGUUCUGACGCCAAACGGUCUUUCACAAAUCGCAAUAAUAAAGCAGAGAAGGAUCAGAGAGGGCCAGGGUGUGGGCCAUGGAACGAUUUGGACAGACAAGCCUUCACACGGCAUGAGAACGACGUCGCCGGCAUGGCCCCAUUCCACAAUGCAGAGCCAAAGUAUGAGGCGCCCUCUUCUCUGCUGCAGCCAAAGGCCUCCGAUUUCAGCAGGAGCCGGCUAAGCUCCAGCAGUACCCAAAGCCUCCAGCCCGGGAAACUGGAAUCCAGCAAGCCCCACUGUUCUGUGCUGGAGAAGGUCAGCAAGAUCGAGCAACGUGAGCAAGGCAGUCAAAGGCCCCAGAGCAUGGGGGUGCCCAGCUUUGGACAUAAUUAUGGGCCAAAUAGGCCAAGCCAAUCAUCCGGCGCUAGGUGCUCUCUUAACAGCACAGAGGACGUACGAAACAAGUCAAACUCCCAAGAGCAUGGCCAGCCAGCCAGCGAACAGUGCAGGCGACCCAGCACGACUGGCUCUGAGACACCGCCGGGUGUGCAGCCGGUGAGCAGGAACGGGAGCGCGAAGCCUGAGGUGGUUGAUUGGCAUCCGGUGGAGCAGCAGAUGGCAGGGGCAGCAAAUCAGGCGCAGCAGAGCGAGUACUACGCUCUGACAAGGAGCAAAAGCACGUUCCAGCUGAUGUGCGAGCCAGAGAAGGAAAUCCUGUGGCAGGAUAACGUCCAAGACGCUCCUGGAACACAGCUGGACACCUCCUUCAGCAGAAACUACAGAAACAGCAUUAAAGAUGCUCAGUCCAAGGUCCUACGAGCCACAUCGUUCAGGCGCAAAGACCUCGACAUCAGCCCAUCCUUUGGGAGCAAACCCAAGAGGAGUGCACAGAGGCCGGCCUCGGCCCACGUUGGGAUGAGGAGCACCACAGCAUCCCCUCACAUCCCCAAGGAGAGGCACAGUGUCACUCCUACGCAGAACAAUGUCCCUCUCCUAGAUUACCUUGAGAAGGAGAACCACGCUGGGCUGCCACAGCACAUGUCCCGCAUCGGGGGCAGGAAGCGGCUGACGGCCGAGCAGAAGAAGAGGUCCUACUCCGAGCCAGAGAAAAUAAACGAAGUGGGUGUCUCAGACCGUGAGCCCUCGCCCUUCUCCUCCCAGAAGAAAGGCCUCCAUUUCAUCUUCCCAGAGAACACGGUGGCCGACCGGCGCAAGAUCUUUGAGCGAGAGAACAAAGCGCGCUCCACCGUCAAUCUCUCCAAGCCAGAGCUGAAGCAGCUGCAGCAGAACGCACUCGCGGACUACAUCGAACGCAAAACUGGGAAGCGGCCUUCUCAUGAUGCUGGGGUCCUGAGAGAGCGCUCGCAAAGCUCCUACCUGCAAGCCAGCGGCCUGGACAGCCAGAGCCUCUCCUCUGCCUCCAGCAUGAAUUCGCUUCAAGAUCAGAAGCUUUACCACCGGAGAGUGUCACUAGAGCAGGUGUCUAGAACAGGCCGGGUCUCCUCUACCCUUCCCCCUGGGCUGACGGGCUGCUUUGAUCUCAAUGGGUUUGAACAAAAGAAAGGGCACCAGGAUGGCGGCAGCAGUUCCUCUGCAAGCCAGUUUAAAAUGGACAGACGCCGAGAUUGCAGAGCCAAACCGGAGCUCCCGAAAAGCACUCAGGCAGGUCAGCGUGGCUCACGCGACCAGCUGCUCUACAGGAUGGAGGAGCAGGUCUUUGAAAAGGCCUCAUUGCCCGGGAGAUCUGGGAAAUCGGUGUCUGCAGAAGACUUGCUCGAUAGAUCUGAUAACCAGUCUGUCACGGUGCAUGUGCGCUCCAGGUCGUCUCCCACAGCUGACAAGAAACACCGGGACUUGCUGAGAGGGGAAAGUAAUGAAUUUGGCCACUUGGUGAAAAAUCCUUCUUACAUGGCUGGCGCAGGAGACAGGUCCGACAGCAGUAAGAAAAGAGGCCACUCUGAAAAGCCAACAAUCCCAAAUUAUCGUCCCCAUCCUCCUGGCAAUGACCUCACAAGCUCAUCCACUCUGAUUGAGAGCCACCAGGCCUCAGAAGCCCCUAGGCAUAUCAGCAGGACUCAAAGGUGUGUCUCAUCGCCAACAGACUUCAAGAAUCAUUCUUCUGAACCUAAGCAGGGCGCCAGACCCUUGCUCCUUAACCGUAUUCCUUCUGGACCUGGCCAGUCCUCAUCUAGUGCUGCUCAUUCCACCCAGACUCCCUCAGACCUGCAGGCUGCUGGGGACAGCCUGGCAAUGAGGCAACGUGCCAAACUAGACACCGUCCCCCCCGAAGGCAAUGAUAACGGUCAGGCACGGCCUCUGUACCGCGAUGCCAGCUCCCCUGAGGACUCAGCCGAAGAAGCGAUGCAGAGAAGGGCCAUGCUGCCUCAGAGACACCUCCCACCAAAAGUGAUAUGGGCUCAUUCGAUCAAUGAUGACAGCUUCCUAAAGGGCUCGGUGUCUUCUCAGGUGUCUGGGCAGAAGCUCUUUCAAAGAUGGCAGAGCCUACAGACACAAAGCAGCACUUCUUCCGAUUCAGAGACGCCUCCUCCCUCUGGGAAGAUCUCUCUGCGGAUCUCUGAGUCAGGCCUUCAGCUGACUCCCCCACCGGGCGUGCCGGAAGAAGGAGACGAUGAGGUGUUUAUCAAGGACUUGCAGCCUGGUGUUGCAGGGACUGCAUUUAAACCCUCACCCCCUCUGCCACCACCUCCUCCUCUUCCUGAGUGGAGCCCCAGCGCUUUCACAGGCGACGCAGAGAUAUUUCCACCUCCUCCCCCGGCUGCAUUUGAAGCAGGUGGGGCAACAGGAGACAAAUCCACGAGGCUUAUAGAAGACGCCAAAGCAAGCAGCUUGGGCAGGUUUCCCAGGAAUCUGGUUGACAGGGAGAAGCCGGGGUUGAGUUCCAUCAGCAGGGAAAACAGCUGGGCCACUUCACCGUCUGUUGGGAACACUGAGUCGCCGCACCAGUCGCCUGCCGCUCCAGGGGAGCGGCCAAACUCUGAGAAGCAGAAUGCAGCACAACUCGGGGACAACCUGAAAGAGCCAGACACCCAGGGGAAGGAUUCGGAAAAUGGUGGCCUCAGUCCCGGGACUCAGGGCACAGCUAUUCAAGUGAUAAAGAAGAAGACCCCGGAGGAUAUUAAGUCAGAGGCCCUGGCCAAAGAAAUCGUCCACAGGGAUAAGUCUCUAGCAGAUAUCCUGGAUCCAGACUCCAAAAUGAAGACAACCAUGGACUUAAUGGAAGGGAUCUUUCCCAAUGGAACCAGCUUGCUGAAAGAGAACAACAUGAAAAGACAGAUGAUGCAAAAGAAAGCCAUCAGGACGGUGCCCGAGGAUGACAGAAGAGAAGAAAAGGAAGCUGGUGUAACUUCGGUCACCUGCACUGCUUACUAUAACAUGUCAGCCCCCAAAGCAGAGCUGCUGAAUAAAAUCAAAGACUUGCCAAAAGAUGUGGACAAGGAAGAGGAGCAGCUGGACAUCAAUGAGAAGAAGGCUGAGCUCAUCGCGAGUUUGUCCCACAAACUGGAGAUCUUGAAGGAAGCUAAGGAGAGCCUGCUAGCAGACAUCAAGCUGAAUAAUGCCCUGGGAGAGGAGGUGGAAGUGUUGAUCAGCGAGUUAUGCAAGCCCAACGAGUUUGACAAAUACAAGAUGUUCAUAGGCGACCUGGAUAAAGUGGUGAACCUCUUGCUCUCCCUCUCAGGGCGUCUGGCCCGGGUAGAAAACGUUCUGAGUAGCCUAGGUGAAGAUGUGAAUCCUGAAGAGCGGAGCUCUCUGACUGAGAAAAGGAAGCUGCUGGCUGGCCAGCACGAGGAUGCCCGGGAGCUGAAGGAGAACCUGGACCGGCGAGAACGUGUGGUCUUGGACAUCUUGGGCAAUUACCUCUCGGAGGAGCAGCUCCAGGAGUACCAGCACUUUGUGAAGAUGAAGUCCGCACUUCUCAUAGAGCAGCGGGAGCUGGACGACAAGAUUAAACUGGGUCAGGAACAGCUCAAGUGCCUGACGGAAAGCCUCCCUACAGACUUCAUCCCCACGGACACAACAGCAGCAGCGGCCCCAGCCACAGCCCCCCCGGGGGUCAGCGGUAGUUUACCUGCACCCUGAGCCUCUUCACUUUAACCUUUCCCAGACAAGCCUCGGGUACAGCUCUUCUGCUUGAGUUUAUUUAAUCAGAGUACUUUUUGGAGAGCUCUCAACAAUUACAAUGGAGCGAUGGGUUUAAAAGGAGAAUUCAAGGAAGGAAAAAAACAGUUUGCAUUCCUCUCCCUAUGCCAUCGCCCGGAGAGCUCACUAUGAAAACUUAAUCUAACCUGGCUCACGCUAGAGGGAGGUGAACGAUUUCCCUGGCUACAAGGUAUGAGGAGGAGGCACUUAUUUUUGAAUGGGCCAGCUUAUCAUGAACAAACAUGUCAUCUUUGGUAACAUGCUGUGGUUGCCUCUGCUCCCCACUGCCCCCACACCUCAAUCAAAGUGAGGCACUGUCGUUAAAUAAUGAAGGAUCUGAAAGAAUGAAGCCUUAAAAAUUAAACCAACCCAUGGUACUCCUGAACAUUAUUGAUAUUUAUAUUUUUAAAAAACAAGACAGAAAGUGUAAGUUGUUGUACAUAUGCUAGUCAGUUACUUGAGCCUUGGUUCUGUAAGUAGAAAAUGCGUUUAAUUUUGUAUUUUGUGAAAACUUAACAAAAAGAGGAAUCUCCAAAGAUAGUCGCACCCUAGAAUGGAGCAUCUUUUCAGGGGCUUUUUACAUAAUAAAGGGCUACCAGAAAAAGCUUCAACCUGUUUCAACAUUUGCUGAAUGUACCAGUAAGUGUCCUUGCGAAGGAGACUUUGCCCAGCAAAGUAUAAUCUAUCCUCUUCUGGAUCCCGUGGCUAGAUACAUCCGGAGUUUAAACAAGCACUUGUGUGAACCAAGCAACUCAGGAGUCAAAGUUAGAAUGAAGCAAAAAGAUUCCCUUCUGGUUCUGGAUUCACAGAUUAUUUAAGACAAUACAAAGGCAAGGUCUGUGCUAAAAGCAACCUGAAGGUUGUUAGUUUGAUUUGGGAGAGGGUCUUUAAAGGGCAUUACAUAUAGGUUGCUUUUUCUAAAGGGGAUGAUGUACAUACCAGCAUAUUUUUUUAAAACAGUAAUACCUCGUUUAUCUGGACCCAUCUUAUCUGAAAUCCUCUAAUAGCUAACAGUGGGUUACAUGCCCCAGCGCGAAUAGCUUGCAUUUAAGUCUUCUGUCUACUCCCACCUAUCCCAGGGUGAGGGAUAGCUCAGUGGUUUGAGCAUUGGCUUGCUAAAUGCAGGGUUGUAAAUUCAAUCCUUGAGGGGGCCAUUUAGGGAUCUGGGGCAAAAAUCUGUCUGGGGAUUGGUCCUGCUGUGAGCAGGGAGUUGGACUUGAUGAUCUCCUGAGGUCCCUUUCAACCCGUAUAUUCUAAAAGCUCAUUUGUCCUAGUUAGAUAAAUGGGGUUUCUGACUGUAGGGUUAGUGAGUCAUUUCUCAGUCAGUCUAACCUGGGACAACCAAAUUUGCUCAACUGAACAUUACUUGAGCAACUUACCCAGAGCUCCAGGGCUACAGGUACUUUGCAUUAAGCAAAGCAGAUUGGAAAUGGUCUCCUCUUUAAGGCAGUGGGUGUUAUUUCACUUAUGGAGCAUUGAAUUCUGGGACCUCUAGUUCUCCAAGGUGUUGCACAUGUAUCAUCAACUGUUUCCACCACCACCACCCUCCCUAUUAAAGAUUGAGGGCGUCCCCAGACUGCAUUGUAGAAAUCCAUGGGCUACAUUUGACUCACAAGACACAUUUUGGUCACUCUGGUCUAACCUCAUAGAGAUUUUAUGUCGCUGCUGCUGCUGUUUAAGCUGCUCCCGUCUUGAGUGUGUGAUUGUUCAUCCCUCUGCAAGAGGGCCUCAGAUACCAGUGCCCCCAAAGGCUCUGACAUGCAUGGUUUGUAAGACCUUCAUGCAAUUAAUUUAUGUGUUUCAACAGUAAACGGUGAAAAUGAGAGCGUGCACUGUCUCCACUGCUGUUUCUAAGGUCCUUUUUUCUGAAGCAAGUGCUCCCUGCAGGUUUCAAAUGUAUUGCUGCCUUGGGAAGCAUGGCAUACAGUACUACUACCUUGCUGCCAAAUGAAAUUUCAGCCCUCACAUACCCUGAAGGUGAUCUGCCCUGUGUGUUACAGGAUGUCUUUGGAGGAACAAAGCAAUUGCAUGUCACUACGGCAUGUGGAAUUUUUUUGAAAGGAAGAAACUAGGGAUAGUCCAAACAGAACAAAAAGGACCAUUUUAGCUGCUUCUCGACGUGAACAUGGUUCUGUCCCACAAAACGUUUCAUAAGGCCCCUCAAGCCAGAGAGAACCUCCCUUUAAAGGUCCCCUAGCUCUAGAUAGGUCUGUCACUUUACUCAGUGUCAAUUUGCACCAGCUGAGGAUCUGGCCCUCUGGCUCAUACUCCCCUUAGUCCACACGCUCAGCUUCUGGUGAAGUCAGUUGUCACUGUGUGUAUGCACUGGGGUUAGUAUAUAAGUCGUUUAGAGAUUAACCUCCAAUCACACAAGCAACUGUCAUUGAGGAAAAUGAUCAUUUACAUUUAUACAGCGGAAAGUAACUUACUGUCCAUUCUGGAAUUAUAAGCAUAUAUCAAGGAGAGAAUGGAUCCUUUCAUUGUUACUAAACUCUGAGCAACUAGCACUGUCUGUACAUUCAUGCGGAUGAUGUAUUUUGAGUACCCAUUCCUGGCAAUCUUCCUGAAGGAAGUUCCACCAUCCCUUUGUCCUGUGUUUCAUUGCUAUGAGUUAAGGUUCAGGUUUAAGGAAGGAAUUUUGCACAACCUUAUAUAAGCAUUGUUCUGCUAACUCUCUGGGGUUUUCGGAGUCAGCAGAUUGGGGAAAGAACAUUUUGACAUGUACCUGGAGAAAAUUAAACAUUGAUCAGUCUCCAUGAGUUUGCUUCUAAGUGCCUUUAGCUGAGAGAGGAAACAUAUUUAUUGCCUCAUUUCCCACAAAGCAUUCCUGUUCCCUUAAUUAGAAGUAGCAUAAAGUGGAAGCCUCUUCCUUGUAUAGAGAAGAACAUACUGGAACAGCUGUGCAGGCCCGGUGCAGAGGCACAUUGCAAUGCAUUGAAACAGGUCAGAACAUUAGGCUUUCAGCCAUGAGUGUAGCUACAGUGAUGUGGCUGCACCGGUGCAAACCCCUAAUGUAGACACACUGAAAAUGUCUCACACGGGGUAGCUUACCCAGGAUGCCCGUCACAGUGUAUCGCGGACUGCCCAUCUAGACUUGGGGUUUGAACAGAUGCAGCUGCAGAAGCACACCUCCACCAGUGUGGCUAAAAACUAGAGACAGUUAAGAAAUUUUCAGCCACAGCAGCUGAGUAACUCUAGGAGCCUAUGCCCCACUGAUUGUCAAUGGCAGUUCAGCUCCUAAAGUCAUCUAGGUACUUUUGAAAAUGUUACCCGAGAUCUUUCAUGGGGGAAAUAAUUCCCUGACCAGCUCUCUUUUGAUUUGCUGUAUCUCUGAAUAGAGUUUCAGGGGCUGUCAGCUCACUAGCCGAGGGUGGGGCUGUAUUUACUAACUGUUUAGAAUGCUCUUUCACAAGGGUCAAUAUGCACAUAGCCUUGAACAAUCUCUCUGUUUGCCAGACCUGUGAGUAACAAGCAAACAUGUAAACAUUUGGCAAAAUAGUUGUGUUUGAAACAGCUCAGAGUGUGUUUUCUGGGAGCAACUGUAGCAGGACGUUCCAGGACAGGCUUGUGAAGGUCCCCUGGCAUGUUCUCACAUGCUGACAUAUUCAUGACCUGUGUGUUGUGAUGGACAUGGUUUUGUUUUGUUUCUUGGGGUGAUUUGUCACAAGCGAGAGAUGGGAGGAGCUCAGGAGUGGUGCAAUUUUGCUUUUCUUUCUUUCCUCUGGGCAAGUCUGCUGAAGCCAAAAGUUCAGGUGGUGACAAGCAGACAGAUCUUCUCCCUGUUCAGAAGAGAUUCACCAUGUUGUGUUUUACAAGGCUGGAUUCCAUUCAAAACUUAAGUCAACCACGUGAAAACAUAAUUGACAGCUUUGGGCUAGGACUAAAUAAGGUAUUUUCAUGUACAGUUCUAAAGCAGCUUCCCUGUUUGGGAUCCAAACAUUCACUCUGUUCUCCCUUUGCCAGCUGAAUCAUGACUGAUUUAGGGAAAAGGUACAGGUGCUCUUCCUUCUCCUGGGUGCCUUUGCACUACAUUCCCGGCUCACAUGCGUGGUUUUGGCCCUAGAGAGAGUGAUCUUGCUGCUGACUCAUUCUGUAAUCUGAUAUCUUCCAUAUUCUGUUUUGAUCUUCCUCCCUGCGGAACAAAUCUGGACUAAGUCAUCCCAGCUGUCCGAACCAGUGGGGGGAGGGGAAGCUGAGCCAUUGGGAAUGUUUUGUGCCUAGCCAUCCUCGAGCUGUGGAGACAGCAGCACCAGGGCUCUUGCAAAUCACUGCCUGCUGGCAGUGGAUGUGAGUGCAGCCCCCAAGGUAGAGAAACCGUAACGCCUGGCUUCUGGUGUCACUAAUCUGUGUUCGUUCUGGGGCAGGCUGUCAGGUGAGUAUCAUAGCACUCCCCGAACAGAUAGGUGGGGCCCUGCCCAUGCUCGGCCCCCCCCCCCCAUGCCUUCCCUCUCCUGCUUCCUGCUCUGCGGCUCCCCCGUGCGGUGCGGUGGCCCCGGCUCAGGCCGGGCCACCUGCCCUCGUGCUCCAAUGCUGGGGGGUGCUGGGGCUGCACUGCCCUCCCUCCUGGGGCUGAGGGGGGCUGGCGCUGUGCCGCCCACCCUCCUAGGUAACGUGAGGUAAAAUCCGAGUGAAGACCAAACAGUUUGGUUAUCAGGUCAAGGUAAGUCCUAAGAUCCCCCAUAGUCUUUAUCUUGACCUGCUAACUCAUGAAAGCUACAUACUGCCUCGUCUUCACUAGGAUUUUACCUCAGCUUCGUUAAGAACAUCCUGCUUUUCCCUAGUGAGGAAGCCCCUCGGUGGGGGACCUGCACGUCUCCUGCCCACACCUCUUCCUUUUCUGCCCACUGCUCCCCGGCCUGGCUUCGGAACACAAGCCUCAGCCCUUGGUGCUAAGGGGUCAUGGCCCAUAUUUCCCUGACUCUCGUUCUCAGCGGACAAUGCUCAAGGCCAGAUUAACACAUAGGCAACCAAGGCAUGUACCUAGGGCCCACAUUCCUGGGGGGAGCCCAAAAUGGACGGGCCAGACCUGAGCGGCACCGUGACUCUGCGCGCCAGGUUGCAAAGCCAUGACAGAGGGGCGGCUGGGCCGAACCUGAAAUGUACGUUUGUGUAGGGUUAACAUGGCCCAUCUUUCCUUGUGGGCAGUGGCUGGUUUAUUCGAUCCUGCUAUUAAAACAACAAUUCUGAAGAGCCCCCAACAGAAUGCUGCUGUUUUAACUAAUGAGACAUGUGAGGUGUGGGGGAGGGGACUGCAGUCUCUAUGCAGUGGACUGGGAUGCAAAUGUUCCUGUUUUAACUCUUCCAAUGGUGACCUACUUGUUGUUGGCCAAUUUCUGCUGGUUCUCUCGGUAAGGAAUGCAGGUCAGGCCUUCCGCUGGCAUAAAUCGGCACCGCUACAUUGACUUCGGCUGAGGUUCUGGCCUUGUGAAAGAAAUUAGUGUCCUACAGCCCGAGGGGGUAUUUUUGAAAAGCAGUGAAACUGUGUAAAUGUCACGGCAGCCAGGGCUAGUGCUGUAGAUUGGAAGAGGAUGGAGGCGUGUGUCAGACAGCACAAUCCUGCAGUGUAUUGCGUAAUUACAACAGGACUUUUAAAUCAGCACUUGGUAAAUCCUCAAAUACCUCCAUUAACAGAGUAGUUACAUGCUGCAGGGGGUGGCUGGAAUUGCUUUCGGCUGUCAUAACAUGCUGUAUGGCCUGAAAUCAACGCAGUCCCAGUCAUCAAAACUGGGAUUUGCUUCCUUUAAAAACAGAGUACAACGUCAAUGGUGGAGGAUGGGGAGGUGGAUUCGGCAACCACACGUUCAAGAUUUUCCCCAGGACUAAAACCAUGCCCAGGUUGGCUGAUGAAAGGGACUUCAUUUUCUGUGAACGUUAGACAUGAGACCAUCUGAUAGCAAAUGCCUUGUAGUUCCAGGCCUGAUUCGCCAUUGGCCUCUCCUUGGUGUGACUUGUGUAAAGUGAAUGUAAAAAGCCAGCAGAUCAACCUGAUAGCAUUUUACCCCCACUUUGCACAAGUUCUAAAUGUCCACAUGUGGAGCCAGGCAGGGCCUUUCCUAGACAGGAGAGAUCAAAAGUUUUUCCUAGUGGAUCCCACAGUGGGGCCCUGCUCCAUGCCUAGCGUUCCUAGGUGCUAUGGUAAUACAAAUAAUAGAUGCUAAUAUUAAUAAAUGAAAAUAAGCAGAUUAGGGGCAUAUCUGUUUCUCAUACCCAGGUUCCCCCACCUCUCCUACUGCCCUCUCCCAGGCUGGCCUGAGGCUAGCCUCGAUUAACAGAUGAAAGGUGCUUCCAUUAUAACCAACCUAAAGUGUGUAAUACAAACCCCAAGGUCAAUCUCUUGGUAUUCUGGCAGUGCGGAUUGGCCGUGUUCUUGCAGCCUCGGUGCUCCCGUUUUCCCUCAGACUGCACUUACACUUGGGUAGGCCGUGCCUCCCUUGUCAGAGCACAACACUCAGGGGUUUUCUAAUGCAAUGUCACUGCCUCAUGAAGAUCACUCGUGUUAUGUAUUUGUAUGUAUUCAUGCGGCUAAUGUGGGCACCGGGAUCCCCCACUUACCCCCAACAGGUGGAGACAACUUCUGCCCUCGCUAGUCAUGAAUCUUCGGUACACGUUGCCGGCAUUUAACUGAGGGUAGAACUUGGCCUGUGAAGUCAGGAACAAUCUGUUCAGCUAGGCCAUAGCCAGACCAGCAGCCUGUCCACAUGAGGCCAACACCAUCUCUAGCUAGCAUUGAGGCUCCUUAGCAUCUCGUGCACCAACACUGAAAUCUUAACGAAUGCCUCCUUCUCUUCCAUGCCAUGUUACCAUGCAAAAAAAGAGUUGGAGCAGCCUGCUUGUAGUGCCAAGAUGAGGCACAGGUUCUUAGCUAGAUUUGUUGUUUGAUAGUGUUGCAUUAGUUGCUGUCACCCUUUUGCAGUCUGUUGGAGGGCAAGGGGAUUCGGGGGAGAAGAGAGAGAGAUGCCUCUUUGGACUCUUUGGACCCAGGAAUAAGGGCACAAUUAUUUUCCAGUUGAUCAUAAAGGAAAUUUUGAAAGUUUGAGUCAGUCAAUCUGAUUGUUGCUUACAGACAAUUUUACUUGCUUUUCACAGCUUGGCUACACGUCAUAUUUUCAGCUGCUUUCAGUGAUUCUUAAAAUGACUUUUUUCCUCCUAUGUUGGGGUUGCCAGAGGUUGCCAAUCAGUUUACAAUUUAAGGUUAUUGUUAUCAUAUAGCAUUAUGUGUAAUUAUUACUUGAAAUACGUAUUUGUUGACAUGUAAGAACCACUUAACUGAUACUGACAAUAAAAGAAGUGCUACCAAAUA